AAAAAUGAAAAAUUAUUGUGAGGAGUGGAUCAUAUUUCUUGAUUACAUUGAAGGUUAAUUAAUAUUUGUGAUAAACUGAAUAAGAGUUAUUGAACAGUAUGCUGAGUUUAAUUUUCUUAUAUUUUGUGUAAGUAAUGGAAGGGAUACAGAAAAUAGGGCGCUGAUAAUGCACGCAUUUAUUCCUCAGUAACAAAGGAUUAGUUUAAGAAAAUUGAGCCUUGUAAAGGGAAAGUCUUAAAACUAAUUUUUAAUGAAUAUUUAGGUAAAAAAAAGAAAAGAUUAAAGAAAAUUUUAACUUGAGAAAAUUUGGAGUGGGAUAUCAACACAGAAAAACUCAUGAACAAUAGAAAAUGACCACUCUUACUGGGGUAAAAUAACCCAAACUCUUUUCUGCAAAAUAAGCUCUAAAUAACAGUGUACACUUCUCAGUAUCUCCAGUAUCACUACAAUCCAAGUUUAAUAAGAUACACCAAGAUUUUCUUUGCUGAAUUGAUUUUAAUAGCAUGUCAGUUCAUUGCUGAACUUUGAAAUCACAUUCCUAGAAAUGGAGCACAGUGAUGGUGGAAUUGAUUUAAGGGACAUAUUAUUCAUGCCCCUUUCUAAUUAACAAAAUGAAAAUGUUUUUAAAAAAUUUGAAUGAACUAACCAUCUUGAGUUUAUCAUAUCCACAGAUGGAAAGCAAAUUAAAAGCAGAAGAAUCUGAUAAUACCACAAUUACGGAGUUUGUUCUUGUGGGGUUUUCUGAUGUACCCAAUUUACAGUGGAUUCUCUCUGGGAUAUUUUUAGCCAUAUAUCUGAUCAUUUUGUUGGGCAAUAGCAUCAUAAUACUGAUAACAAGAAUUGACCCCACUGUCCAGAACCCCAUGUAUUUUUUCCUUGGCAAUUUUUCCUUCUUGGAAAUAUGUUAUGUAACAACCACCAUCCCAAGAAUGCUCAGGGAUAUUUGGACCCAGAAGGGAAAUAUUCCUUUUUUGGCCUGUGCUACUCAAAUGUCUUUUGUUCUUAUAUUUGGAGGCACAGAGUGUUUGCUCCUGACAGUGAUGGCCUACGACUGCCAUGUGGCCAUUUGUAACCCCCUGCACUAUCCUGUAGUCAUGAACCACAGGGUCUGUAUCCAGCUGGUGGCUGGCUCCUGGAUCAGUGGAAUUCCAGUCGAAAUUGGGCAAACAUCCCAGAUUUUCUCUCUGUCCUUUUGUGGGUCUAACACAAUUAAUCAUUUCUUCUGUGACAUCCCCCCAAUACUCAAGCUUGCUUGUGGAAUCACAAUUGUGAAUGAGGUGGCGGUCUAUAUAGUUGCUGUGGUGUUUUUCAUGGUUCCAUUUCCAUUGAUUGUUACCUCCUAUGGUAAAAUUAUCUCAAAUAUCCUGAAAUUGUUCUCAGCCAGAGGGAGGGCCAAAGCCUUCUCCACCUGCUCUUCUCACCUGACAGUUGUAGUCUUAUUCUAUGGAACAGCAGCUAUCAAUUAUUUACAGCCCAAGUCAAAUCAAUCUGAAGGCCUGGGGAAGCUGCUCUCUCUUUUCUAUACCAUUUUGACACCGAUGAUGAAUCCCAUUAUAUAUAGCCUGAGGAACAAAGAUGUCAUGGAGGCACUGAAGAAAUUACUACCUAAGUUAUUAACAUGAGGCAAUGACUUAAAAUAAUGGAAAAGAAAAAUUGCUUAUGUUUGUCAUCUAGACACAACAGGAAAAAUCAUACAGUUUUAUUUCUACAUUCUACAGUCCUAAAUAAAGAUAAGUAAUAGUGUGUUAACAAUCUCACAUUAUGUCAAGGGACAUUUGUUUCAUAGAAUUAACUGCUUCUGUGUAAUCAAACCACAAGUAAACUGAAUUGCAAACAUCUAAUCUUGAGGAUCAAGCUUUCCUCUAACUAACAGGUAAGGUAAGAGGCUGUCCGAAUAAGACAUUGAAAGAUAAUUGAGUGUUUUUUUAUAUUUAGGAAUUAGGAUCAUACUCUGUCAUAAUUUUUUCUUAUAUUUCCCAUUCCUUCAGAUGUAUUUGUUUCCUUUCUCUGCCCCUGUGGUUGGAUUCAGCCAAUGAGAAACACCAACAGUAGUUAUGAUGGUGGAAGCUUGGGAGAACUUGGGGUUUCCUUUGCUAUUUUUCUCUGCUUUUAUGCUUUGUUUCUGCUCAUACCCUUAAAGACUACAUAGGCUCCAGGGUGCACUGCAUCUAUGAUCCCAUCUCUCGCCAUUCUUUGGUAACAUUACUUGCCC